CUUCUCCUCCCUGGCCUUCCCGCCCUUGCCUUCCCCGCCUUUCCCGCUGGUAGCCGCAGUAUACACGUCAUUAAGUAGCGAUGGGCGCCGUCUCCAGCUGCUGUGAAUCAUGUUUCCGUUCUCGCAAAUCACAGUCGUACGAGCCUUUGCUCCUCGAGAACGAGCGGGAGGCAGUUGCGGAUCUGCUUCAGUACCUGGAAAACCGAACAACUACCAACUUCUUCUCGGGAUCACCACUUUCCGCGUUGACCACACUUUCAUUCUCUGACAAUGUAGACCUACAGCGUAGCGCUGCCCUUGCGUUUGCCGAGAUUACGGAGAAGGAAGUCCGUCCUGUCGGACGUGAUACACUCGACCCCAUCCUCUUUCUCCUCGGCAGCCAUGAUACUGAAGUCCAGCGAGCUGCCAGUGCGGCUUUGGGAAAUUUGGCAGUAAACACCGACAACAAGCUGCUCAUCGUCAAGUUGGGCGGUCUUGAGCCUCUCAUCCGACAAAUGCUUAGCCCUAACGUCGAAGUUCAAUGCAAUGCUGUAGGCUGUGUCACAAAUCUUGCUACUCAUGACGACAACAAGACGAAGAUCGCCAAAUCCGGCGCUUUGGUCCCUCUGACACGCUUGGCGCGCUCGAAGGAUAUGCGAGUGCAGCGGAACGCGACUGGCGCGCUGUUGAAUAUGACGCACUCAGAUGAGAACAGGCAGCAGCUUGUGAAUGCCGGGGCCAUUCCAGUCCUCGUUAGUCUUUUAAACUCUCAGGAUACCGACGUUCAAUAUUAUUGCACCACUGCUCUGAGCAACAUUGCCGUUGAUGCCUCGAACCGGAAGAAGCUUGCACAAACGGAGCCUAAGUUGGUCUCCAGCCUCGUUCAGCUCAUGGAGAGCCCGAGUCUUAAAGUACAGUGUCAAGCGGCGCUUGCUCUUCGUAACCUCGCUAGCGAUGAGAAGUAUCAACUUGAGAUUGUCAAGUGCGACGGGCUUCCUCACCUCCUUCGCCUCCUCCAGUCUACAUAUCUUCCCCUCAUUCUAUCCGCUGCUGCCUGUGUCCGCAACGUGUCCAUCCACCCGCAAAACGAGUCCCCCAUCAUUGAGUCUGGCUUCCUGCAACCGCUUAUCAACUUGCUCUCGUUCAAAGACAACGAGGAAGUGCAGUGUCACGCUAUUUCGACUCUUCGCAACCUCGCUGCUAGCUCGGAGAAGAAUAAGCUUGAGAUUGUGAAGGCGGGUGCAGUGCAAAGCAUCAAAGAUCUUGUUCUUGAGGUACCGAUGAACGUUCAGUCGGAGAUGACUGCAUGCAUCGCUGUUCUUGCCUUGAGCGAUGAGCUCAAGGGGCAGCUUCUGGAGAUGGGCAUUUGUGAAGUGCUCAUUCCUCUUACGAACUCGCCUAGUUCCGAAGUACAGGGCAACAGUGCUGCUGCUCUGGGUAACCUGUCUUCGAAGGAUGGCCGCACGACUUCUGAUGAUUAUUCCGCAUUUAACGACGUUUGGGACCGCCCGGACGGCGGCAUGCAUAAAUAUUUGUAUCGUUUCUUGACGAGUCCUGAUGCUACCUUUCAACACAUUGCUGUUUGGACGAUAGUCCAACUUCUCGAGUCGGGGGAUCCACAGCUUAUUAGCAACAUCCGUGGUUCCAAUAUCCUGAUACCCAACAUCCGUCAGCUCGCUGCCACUCGCACUUCGACGCCAGCAUCCUCUAUUGGUGGCACACCGCGAUCACAUGGCUCACAUCACUCGUACCAAGAUACUGAGGCUGGUGAGGGGCAGGGCGAGAUCCAGCAGCUUGCUCGCCGGAUCCUCGAGUUCAGCGACGGAGAACCAGACGAUGUGAUGACGCCAAGUGCGCCACCCUCGCAGAAGCAGGCGGGGUCGCUCAUCGACAGCCGUGCAGAGAGUGUCAUGGGCCGGGAUCAUGAGGAACUACGCCGAAGCGUCCGGGAGGCGUUCUCCAGCGGACAGACGGGGCAUUAGACACACCAGGCUGCAUCCAGACCCUUGCUCUCCUCGCGGAAAGUUGAAUGGUGCUUGGUGGGUAUUUAUCACGGACACGAUCGCGUUGUUCUUUUCUUGCAUUUUCUUCCUCGCUGUACAUGCGCCUCGUUUGCCCUUUCACUUACGACAUAUUUCACUUCACCUUUUGGUCUGUUCCAAUCCUCCUCAUCUCGUAUAUGUACUGCGAUUCUUCCGCUUGUGAGGCUACGUUACUUCGAGAUACUCCCGCACGCCGCCUUGGUGUGUCCGCCAUCCUCGAUGAAGUAUAAUGUUUGUUAUGAAAUGGCAUCUUUUACACUCCGAGACCAGCGUGACAUGGCGGUACAUCCCUAGUGAAGUGUUGCAAUGCGUAAGACCACCCACGGGCAAGCAUUCUGAGGUCUAGCUCAAGGGCGUGAGGGGAUGUAGGAGAGGUAUAAUUAAGCUACCGGGUCUUGCGGAAACCAAUAGCGUCCGACUUCUCGCGGAAGCACUGGCGACAGAGAUCGAGACCGUACUUGCGAAUGAGACCAGCCUGGUGGGCACAGUGACGGCACUGACGGGAGCCCUUGCCGUAUUUGCGGGGACGAGAGAACCAAACCGCGUCGUGAGUCAUUUGUCGGUAUUUUACGGUGUGACUUGCCGGAGACUUGAAUAGGCGUCGG